AUGUGGGAUGUCUUACAAAUCGUUGCGAUCGAAUUGAUUCGUUUUUAACGAAGCGGAAAAAAUAUAUAUUCUGUAUUGAUACGCGUCUCCAUAUUUAAUAGAUUAACAUAUACCGUCGGCAAACUAAAACAGUGAAUAAAAGUGAUAAAAAGGAUUAAAUCAAUGUUUAAUUUAUAAGAAAGAUUUAAAUGAAAUGAUUUCAAAAUCUCAACAAAAUAUGGCCAUACUAGAUGAAGAAAUAAAAUUCUCACAAGCCAUGAAUGAAAUGCCAAAAAAUUUAAGUUUAGAUAAAAUCAACUGUGAUAAGCCCAGUUCUAUAACUCCCAAAGCGGAAAAUCUUCUAAAUGAUUUAAGUGAAAAUAGUAAAAAUAAUAGUGAUAAUAAUGAAAUCAAAACGAAUGAAUUCCAAAGUGAAACUAGAAUACAAUUAAGUUUUAGUGUUGAUCGUUUGCUAAGCAAUAAAUUGCAACAAAUUAAAAAAUCUCCUCCACCCCCUCCCUCUUCUCAAACCGAUACUCAUUCCCAUGAUCCGCGCAGCGAUAAAUGUUGUGAUGAAUUAAAUUCAUCUUACGCUUGCUGUUCUCUGCCCAAUUGUCUGGUAAAUUCCACAACGACAGUUUCAACAAGUUUAUCGUUUCAAGGGAAUUCAUAUCCACCUAUUGAUGAGGAGUUGACAACAGGAUCUAAUGCUAAUUUUAUGGAUUAUAAAUCAGUGGUUAGACCGACACCCAUGCGCCCGAUGAGCAAUAGUUCAGAAACAGUUCCUUCCCUGACGCAUUUCUCCUCCCUGCCACCAACCUCUCUCAUACGAUUUCAUCAUGCACACAUGCAACAACAAAAACAACUAACGCAACAUUUACCCGCCCAAUCAAAUUUCACCUUAUCUUCUCUGAUGAAUCCUCUGUGCGGUUUGAAGCCGCUACAAAUGAAUGUCCAACAAAUGGGACUUCAGAAUUUCUCUACAACAACAUCGAAUAGAUUUAAUACAAAAAUGAAUUUUGACAUUCCCGUAGUAAGACCAAAUUUAUCUUGUAUAUCCACGCUAAGACAUCAUCAUAUGGGAACAACGAAUUCCAAUGAAAGUCAUAUGAAUUUCAAUAGCAACACCACAGCACCCGCCACGUCAAAUACAGCAACUACAAAUACCAAUGCGGGGAAUUCUCAUGCGAAUAUCAGUAGCGGUAAACGGAAACGCUCUUGGUCUCGAGCUGUUUUCAGCAAUUUACAGCGUAAAGGUUUGGAAAUACAAUUUCAGCAACAGAAAUAUAUCACCAAACCGGAUAGACGUAAAUUGGCCGCUCGCCUUAAUCUAACAGAUGCCCAGGUUAAAGUUUGGUUUCAAAAUCGUCGCAUGAAAUGGCGCCAUACACGUGAAAAUCUAAAAAGUGGUCAAGAGAAACAGCCCGGUGAAUCCGUUACAGCUGAUACUUUAAAAGCAAAUGUAGAUAAUGCUAUUGGUAAUGAUUUACCCGGUUACUCUUCUGACGGUUCAUCCAGCCUAGAGAUGAGUGAUGUUGAGGAUGAUGAUGAUGAAAUUGAUGUUGUAGAAUAG